UUUCAGGUUGAUGUCUAUAGCUUUGGGAUCAUUCUAUGGGAAAUGCUGACAAGACAGCGGCCUUAUCAAGGACUUUCAAUGUUUCAGAUAAUGGAGAGAGUUCGUGAGAAUAAAAGACCAGAGAUUCCUGAAAGUUGUCCGAUAAAGCUAGGGAAGUUGAUUACUAUGUGCUGGGAUUCUAAACCAAAUAAAAGACCAUCUUUCAAGGACAUCUUAAUAUCCCUGGAAGGUUUGUCAUUCCCACCAGAAUGGAGAGACCUGUUUGCUGCAGCUGGAAUCCCAAGAGAAGCAAUGAACGACGUUCAGUCUGCAAGAAGUAUCAUUGAACUUGUUAACAAAUCAGUUGAAUUAUCAGACAAGGAGUUAAUGACAAGUGUCAGAGUAGUCCCAAAACUAGAUCUUCAGCUCAGUAUGGAUGACAAUAUUAUUCCUUGUUUGGACGGCCAGCAUGUAUAUCAGAUGAAUGACAGUAUGUCUGAGGAUGAGGAUUGGAACGUUAAGUCUAUUAAGGAAAGUAUUGAUGAAUUUGAAUUGAAGAUUCCACAGAGUGUAUUGGAUACUAUGCAUGACAACACUGCUGUGGAUGAGCAGCAUCAUGUACAUUUAUCCGUACUGGAAUGUAAUGAAUCUGAUUUAGUCAGUGAAAGAUCUGUUAUUAGUGAACAAUGCUCUGUGAAAUCUGCAACAGAUGUACAUUCUGAUAGAUCAGGGGGGAGUGGUAAACACUCUGUAAGAUUUAGUGACAUUGAUACACAUUUAGGGGAAUUACCAGCAGCUGAAAGCAAAGUGUUAUCUUUAAAAUCACUUGUUAAAUUUGAUCACCCAGCUAGCUCUGUUCAAUUGCCAAAAGACAAAGUGACAUCUGAGAAGGGUGAUCAUAGUUCCAUCAGAUUUGAAAAUGGAAAAUCAUCGCCUACCAAAGGAACAAGUCCAAGAAGACCAGAAAAAAUACACAUAUCUGAAACAAGAGAUUCAUCUGAUAAGCCUGCUAGGCUGUCCACUGCCUGGGAAAAAACCCUCCCAACUGUGCAGAAACAACCUGGGAACAUUCCUUUACCACCUCCUCUACCAGAUGUAGCAAGAUCACUUGCCAUCACACAAGGUGCACGACCCAAAACAAGUCAUUCCUUGAAGAAGACGCAUCCACUGAGAAAAACGUUGGCUGCUCCUGCAGCCAGUCAUGUUAAAAUCCCAGUGUCUGAGCUACUGAAACAAAAAGCAAAAUUAAAGUCUACUGAUAAUCCACAUCCAAGUCAGUUAGCUGAUCUCACAAGAAUAAGCCAUGAUAAGCUAACCAGCAUUGCAGAAAUAUUGAAGAAGGCUGUAACACAUCGAAGAGUGGCAAUGGGUGAAGAUGCUGGUAGUAUUGAACAUUCCUAUCCUAGUGGUGUCUGGUCUGUAGAAGAGCAUUAA